UUUUGAUCUCCCCUUAAAUGUAACCAACAAGGAACAGGUUGAAGUCCAGAUAGCAUCUCUGUCUCCCUUUAUGAAGGAGAUAAGAGUGAUAAAGACACUUUGUUCUAUUAUACCAACAAGCACUAAAGACUCACUCAGUUAUUACUAGUGCUACUAAAUUAUUUCUUUAAGAGCAUCCUGCUGGUGUCUGGACGGAAGUGUUCGCUCCCUUUCUACCUCACUGGAUCAGGACACAAGGACAAAGAGAAGGUGAUAAAAAGAGGGGGAACGUCUUCUUCUGACACGUGACGUGCCCAGGCCGGAACUCGGUGACGUCGCAGCACAACAAAAAUGGCAGGGAUAGGAGGCAGCAGCUACUGGGAAGAUCUGCGAAAGCAGGCCCGUCAGUUGGAGAAUGAACUCGACCUGAAGUUGGUGUCCUUCAGUAAACUGUGCACCAGCUACAGCAGCUCCAAGGAUGGACGUCGAGGAGAGACGUCAGACACCACCCCUCUGCUAAACAACUCCACCCAGGACAGGAUGUUCGAUACCAUGUCAGUGGAGAUCGAACAGCUGCUGUCCAAACUGACUGCAGUGAAUGACAAGAUGGCGGAGUACACUAACGCCCCGGGUUCGACUUCUCUCAAUGCCGCACUCAUGCACACGCUCCAGAGACACAGAGACAUCCUACAGGAUUACACACAUGAAUUCCACAAAACCAAAGGCAACUUCUUGGCCAUUCGGGAAAGAGAAGACCUGCUGGGGUCUGUCAGGAAAGACAUUGAGACAUACAAGAGUGGCUCCGGGGUCAACAACAGAAGAACAGAGCUGUUCCUAAAGGAGCACGAGCAUCUGAGAAAUUCGGACCGACUGAUGGAUGACACGAUAAGUAUUGCCAUGGCGACCAAGGAGAACAUGACCUCGCAGCGUGGCUUCCUGAAAUCUAUACAGAGCCGGGUCAACACACUGGCCAACCGUUUCCCAACCAUCAACAAUCUCAUCCAGCGAAUAAACCUGAGGAAGAGGAGGGACUCCCUGAUCCUCGGCACAGUGAUCGGCGUCUGCACCAUCCUCCUCCUGCUCUACGCCUUCCACUGAAAGCCUGCUGAAUGUUUAAAGGAGCCGCACUCGACGUGCUCUCUGUAACAUGGGAUACCCAGAGACUAAGCUCAGUGAUUGGAUAACCCGAGGCUCCUGAGCAGGGGGACAUUCAGUUGGUCCAGAUCUUGGACGGGAACAGAUUUGGCCAACAAGAACUACUGAACUUGUAUUUAGCAGUGGGACAGAUGGAGGGCUGCCAACAAGUGAAUGGAGACCAAAAGUACAAAAUAAGUCUAGAUUUUAAUUAAAUAUAUUGAUAACUCACUGGAGAGUGUGAAGAGACUGUGAGAACGUGUGAUGCAUCAUUAUUUUCCACAGGGAGGAUUUUUUGUUCAAUUGUCCUUUUUAAUGGAAGUGGGAUGGAGAGUUCAUUGUGGGCUGUAUAAUGUGAAAUUAAUAAAUUAUUCAUAUCAGUGUGUGUGGUACUACUA